AUGUAUCACAACUACCUCAACUCCUUGGCCUCCGCAGCCAAUGUUGUCGCAGUCUCUGUUAAUUACCGGCUUCACCCCGAGUACCCUCUGCCGGCUGCCUACGAUGAUUGGUGGGCUGCUGUCAAAUGGGUUGCUUCUGUUAAUUCCCAUGUCUAUGGAAACGGUUCAGAAGAUUGGUUAAACCUCCUUGCGGAUUUUCAUCGUGUUUUCUCGGCCGGCGACAGUGCUGGGGCUAAUAUAGCAUACCAGAUGGGAUUGAGAGUAGGCUCUGAGGGCUUGGUUGGUGAGAAAGGUGGGUUGAGAGAUGGGGGGUGGUAUUAUGGUGAGAUACUGAGAAAGAGUGGGUGGAGUGGGGUUGUGGAGGUGGUGGAAGCAAAGGGGGAGGAGCAUGUUUUCCAUUUGUUUAAGCCAAGUUCUGAGAAUGCUGUGGCCAAGGAGAAAAAGAUUGCAUAUUUCUUGAAUUAG